CAGCCAGGGGUUCACUUACUCGACCCAUCCCUUCUCAAGUGCCACCAGAUACCGCCGAUACAGCUUGUUUCGUAAAGCUUCUCUCCAAUACCCGGUCUCGAUCAAAAAGAUGGCCACCUUCUCAACCGCCCAAGACCUUUUCAUGCCCGUCGGCAAGGAUGGCCAUCGCAUGUCGUACCGCCUCCUCGGCCCUUCGCCUUCCUCCUCCGGCAAGACCCCCCUAGUCAUGCUCAUGGGCUUCCGUGGCACCAUGGACCAAUGGGACCCGGCCCUAAUCGACCCUCUCGCCGCCCAACGUCCGGUCAUCCUCACAGACAUCCCCGGCGUCGGCCGCUCCGAGGGCUCCGUUCCUCUUUCUAUCACUGAGUGGGCACAAAGCGUUGUCGACUUGCUCAUCGCUCUGAGGAUUCCUCAAGUGGACGUCUUUGGGUACUCCAUGGGUGGAUGCAAUGCCCAGAUGGUGGCGCUGAUUGCGGAAGAGUAUUCGGGAGGAAAAGUGAAGGUUAGGAGGUUAGUGUUGGCGGGGACUACACCUAGUGAUGGGCCGGGAGUCAAAAGGUUUAAGGGUCAGGAGCUGGAAGCUUUCCAGAGGCUAGCGGCAGCGCAGACGGUCGAGCAGCAGAAAGAGGCGUUUAUGAAUGGGUUCUUCGGUCGGUGUUCGGAAAAGAGCUGGGCGGAGGGGGACAAGAGUUGGAAGAGGAUUGCCGGGGCUAGGAAGGAGAUGAUGGGGCAUUUGGGGAAGGAAGGGUCGAAGAGAAUGGGCAUUGCUUUUGCCAAGUUCAUGGGAGAGGGUAGUCUGAAGAAGCUGAAGGGGUUGAAGAUCCCGGUGCUGAUUGCCAAUGGGUCUCAAGACUUGCUCUUGCCAACGGAGAACAGCUACCUGAUGUACAGAAUGCUACCGAACGCGUAUCUGCACCUAUACCCCGACUCUGGACACGGCUUUUUGUACCAGUACGCCGAUCACUUUUCGUUCUUGGUCAACCUGUUCCUGGAUGGUGAGCAGUCAGGCGGCUCCUUCAUUCCCAGCAAGCUAUAGCACAAAGGCCACGAAUACCACACAGAUUUCUGCGACCAAUUCGACCGUCGGAGAAAUAUCGGUUGAUAGAGGACCGCGAGGUUCAUGAUUCAUGAUCUGAGAACAAUGGCUAUCUCCCUUCUUUUGCGUUGUAGGUCGAAAUAAAAGACCAAGCGAGUGUACUGUGUGGCUCAUCUAUCCUUC